AUGCGCGAGUCCGACGCCCAUAACCUCAUCCUACUCUUCAGAGCAGGGACAUCCACAAUCAGCCUAAUCUUUCCCUCAAAGUAUGGCAUAGCGUCCAACAUCAAAUCUCGAGUCAAUCGCCUCUCCGUCCUCGCAGCCAUCAACAGUACCCAACAGCGUCUCAAGCUUUACAACCGAGACCCUCCCAACGGUCUCGUGCUCUUCGUCGGCACGAUUCUAACAGGCGAAGGCAAGGAAAAGAACGUCUCGUUCGAUUUUGAAUAUCACAAGCCUUCCUUCUAUUUCUGCAACAAUAAAUUCCACACCGAAGCCCUCUUGGAACUUCUCGAGUCCAAUUCUCGGGUUGGAUUCAUCGACAUGGAUGGAAACGGUACCCUUUUCGAGACGCUCGCUAGAAACACUCGCAAGGUCAUCCAUAAAUUCACCGUCGACCUUCCCAAGAAGCAUGGUCGAGGUGGUCAGUCCGCGUUGCGUUUCUCCCGUCUCCAUGAUGACAAGAGACACAACUACGUGCGCAAGGUAGCGGAACUGGUGGUGCAGCAUUUUAUCAUGAACGAUAAAGUCAACGUCACGGGCCUCGUGUUGGCGGGAAGCGCGGAUUUCAAGACGGAGCUCAGUCAGAGUGAUAUGUUCGAUUUGAGGUUGGCGGCUAAGAUUAUUAAAGUUGUGGAGGUUAGUUAUGGUGGGGAGAAUGGGUUCAAUCAGGCCAUCGAACUCGCCGCAGAGUCUCUUGUGAACAUCAAGUUUGUGCAGGAGAAAUGGCUCAUUCGAAAAUACUUUGACGAAAUUAGUCAGGGACUGAUCGUAUCGGAGAACCUCAAUAUCACGCGUUACAUCCUCUGUAAUGCCGCUGGAGAGGAAAUUGGCAUCUACCACAACAAAGAACAUGACAAAGACCGCGCCAAAUUCAUUGACAAAUCCACCGGUCUCGAAAUGGAACAAUCCAAAGAACCCCAAGUGCUCCUCGAGUGGUUCGCCAAAAAGUACAAAGAGUUUGAUGCGAACCUCGAGUUUGUGACGAAUCGCUCGCAGGAGGGGGCCAAGGGCUUUGGGGGGAUUGGGAGGUUGUUGAGGUAUAAGGUUAAUUUUACGAAUUUGGCGUCGGUUGAUGAUGAGUUUUAUUCGGAUGAUGAUGAUAUCCGACGUAUGAUCACCGUGGCUUUAGUAGAUUCUUAG